AUGACGGCUGCUCAGAAGUGCAGUUUCUUCCCGCAGGACCCAUACUACAUCCCUGGCUAUGGGGGCUUUUACCCUCAGGUCCGCUACCAGCUUGGGAAAACGUACGGCAGGACCACUUGUGAAAUGCUGACUGACCCCGGGGUUCACAAGAGCCCCUGCUCGGUGCUCGCGCCCCUGACCAGGCCGAAGUUCAUCGAGGACUACAGCCGGCGCAACUUGCCUGAGCACGAGAUGGUGAUGGAUCAGUACCAGAAAUAUGUCCCUGGAUACACAGGCUUUGCUCCCUACUAUGGUUGCUUCCCCAUUCUAGGCAAAGAACUCUGGCCCCCCGUGCCAAGAGCUGACCCCCUGCCGGACCCCCAGAUGUGGAAGGAUGCCAGUUCCGCCCAACUGAAGGGCCAGAGACAAGGCACGCCCUGCCACCCAGGCAUCCGGCUGGCGUGCGGGCCUGGAUGGAGGCAGUUUGCAGCCACAGCUGGGCCACAGCUGGCGGCGAUGCAAGGGGAGCGGAAGAUGCUGUGCCACCCGGACGUUGCCCUGGUGUGCGGGCAAGAGGAGGGCCGGGGGCCUUGCAAACCCGGCAUGUCCUUAAUGUGCGGCCAGGGCUGGAGGGGCAUCCCGUGCCGCCCAGGGACCGAGCAGCCAACCCAGAUCGAGGCCAUGCCGCUCCCGCCAGCGACAGAGACGGUAGAUGUGAAGCGGUUUGGCCGGAUCCCCCGACUGGACAUGCCCAACCUCAUCCAGCGAAAAGCCAUCUCAGGGUACACGGGGUUCAUUCCACGCUUCACCUGGAUUAUGGGUGUCAACUACCUGAAGGGAGUAAAAGAAGCCAUGAAUGAAUUUGACCAUAACCAGGAGAGGCUGAGAAGCCCGCUCUACAGCUUUGGCAAGCGGCUGCCGCGCACGUACUGGCCCAACACCCAGAUUUACACCAGCAGCGGACUCAUGCCCUUCUACACGGGGUUCGUGCCAACUAUCCGGCACAAGUACGCGCUCACUUUUGGGAACAGCACCCGGGAAGCAUUUUACGAUGAGUUACAGAGGAGACAACAUGCAGGAUGA